GUGACAAUGGGUCUCCUUGCGUCGCGAGUGGCGUCGCUGCUGGACGGAAUGUUCACUCAGCAAGCGCGCGUGCUGCUGCUGGGUUUGGACGCGGCCGGGAAAACCAGCAUCCUGUACAAGCUCAAGCUCGACGAAUCCGUGGUGACCAUCCCGACCAUCGGCUUCAACGUGGAGACCGUGCAGCCCAUCAGGAACGUAACCUUCACCGUGUGGGACGUGGGCGGCCAGCAGAAGAUCCGCGCUCUCUGGAGGCACUACUUCCAGAACACGGACGGGCUCCUCUUCGUGCUGGACAGCGCGGACCGGGAGCGCUUCCCGGAGGCUCUCAAGGAGCUGGACGCCAUCCUGGACAGCCCCGAGAUGACGCGGGUGCCCUUCGUGCUCCUCGCCAACAAGCAGGACCUCCCGCGGGCAGCGGCCACCGCGGAGGUGGCGGAGGCGAUGAAGGCGGUGAAGACGCGGCACGGGCGCGAGUGGCUGGUGCAGGGCUGCUGCGCCCGCACCGGAGAGGGCCUCCUGGAGGGCGUGGGGCAGCUCUCCCGCUUCAUCAGCAACUCCAGAGCCUCCUCGGGGACAAAGUGAGCUCGGCAGCAGCAGCAGCAGCGGCGGCGGUGUCACUCCAAGGCGGCGUCUCUCGUGCACGUGGG